ACCCAAAGCCCUGCAAAUCGCCAUCAAUACUGAUGCUAUCAGCUUCCACAGAGGCAGUAAUGAGCUCCAGCACAGCGAGCAAAGCCCUGGAGAAAGCCUUGGGGCUGGUCGUCGGUCUGGGGUUUCUCUCCCUCUUCCUUUGGAUCUUUUCAGACCUCCGAUCCAAGCUCUUCCACCGCCACCUCUCUACACCUAAUCUUGCGGUCUUCUCCACCGCUUUCGCCUCCCGGAACCUCCCCCUUCUCCAUCGCACUUACCGGAAUCGAGCUUCGUCGACGAGAGAACAGAGAAGCAGUUUGGUCGGUGAUGAUCACGCCAAUACCAUCAAUGGUAGCGGUGGCUGGCAGUUGGUGAAAGAGGAAUUUACUUUUCAGGAAUGCACCGCUCCUUUUAACAGUUGCCAUGCUUCCACCAUCGUCGAGAUCGAACGGGGUAAGUUGCUUGUGGCUUACUUUGGGGGUAGUGCAGAAGGAGCUCCAGAUGUCAAGAUUUGGCUGCAGAAUUACAGCGACAGCGAUGGAUGCUGGUAUCCUCCAUCAGUUGCAGACGAACAAGCAGAGGUACCUUUGUGGAAUCCUGUGCUGUUUCAGCUUCCUUCUCGUGAGCUGCUAUUGUUCUACAAGAUUGGCCAGGAAGUUCAGAAAUGGAGUGGAAGCAUGAAGAGAUCGCUUGAUGGUGGGAUAACUUGGUCAGAAAGAGAGCAGCUUCCUCCUGGAAUAAUUGGCCCAUCAAAGAACAAGCCCUUCUUGCUCGACGACGGCCGAUUGCUCUGCGGAUCCUCUGUGGAGAGCUGGAACUCUUGGGGAGCUUGGAUGGAGAUUACAGCAGAUAGUGGCCAUUCCUGGAAGAAAUAUGGCCCUAUAUAUAUUGAGAAUGAAACACUGAGUGUUAUUCAACCAGUACCAUACAAGACUGCAAGUGGCGCUUUAAGAGUACUGCUGAGGUCCUUCGAAAAUAUUUCCAAAGUUUAUAUGUCAGAAUCAGUUGAUGGAGGCUUUACUUGGAGCUUGGCUGCACCUACUCAACUUCCAAAUCCAAAUUCAGGUAUUGAUGGAGUGAAACUAAGAGAUGGUCGCUUGAUACUAGCUUACAAUACCAUAUCUAGAGCAGUACUCAAAGUAGCAUGCUCUGAGGAUGAUGGUGAUACAUGGUAUGAUGUAAUUACACUUGAGGAAACUGAAGGGAUGGAAUUCUCUUAUCCUGCUGUGAUCCAGACCAUGGAUGAGCUCGUCCACAUCACCUACACCUACAACAGGACACAAAUUAAGCAUGUUGUCCUACAACCCAGCAUACCAUAAGGUUACAAGCAAGAAAUCUUCUGCCACUCAAUCACAAGAUAGAGAGGCAAAAUUGCAAAUUAUAUAAAUAGGACAUGAUUCUAUUGUCAAUUAUGUAAUGUUCAUUGUAAUUGUUUGGGACAUUCUUUUUAUUGCUUCUUAAAACAGUUUUAUAGUACAAAAAUUUUAAUUUUUAUACUAAAAAGUUGCUU